AUGGCAGCAGCUGAAAUGAAAACAGGCGCCUAUUUCGAGUCUCCAGCCCGCCCGGCGCCCGUAAUCCAGGAUAAUCUACGCACAUUCCUCAGGCAUUUGUAUGCCGAGUGCGCUUAUCGUUACCAAAACGAUUCGCUCGAGUCUGACUCUUUGAUUUUCUGUCUCUCCGUCUCCUUAGGCUAUGAUGAUGUGGACUUGCCAGAGGAAUACACAAUCAUGCCGCCAUAUAUGGAGGAGGCCAUAUUCAAUGGGGGGGCCAUUGAUAUUCAGGAUGUGGACGAGGCCGCCGCUAAGAAUAACGAGCUCUAUGCGACUGUCAUGACGGCAACAAUGGCGCCAAAUCAGCAUGCCACUAACAUCAGCAAUCAGAAUGGCAGCCAGGCAGGACCUCUUGGCGCUGCCCGGCGGCUCUUUUGUCCCGUUAACUUCGACGGAUAUCUCUGCUGGCCACGCACACCAGCUGGCACUGUGUUGAGUCAGUAUUGUCCAGAUUUUGUCGAGGGCUUCAAUACCAAAUUUUUAGCGCACAAGACUUGCCUGGAGAACGGUUCCUGGUACCGCCAUCCGGUAAGCAAUCAAAUCUGGUCCAAUUACACUAACUGCGUGGACUAUGAGGACUUUGAGUUCCGUCAGUUCGUUAACGAGAUGUACGUUAAGGGAUAUGCGCUCUCCCUGCUCUCCCUGCUCAUAUCAAUUAUCAUUUUUCUUGGCUUUAAAUCCUUGCGCUGCACUCGAAUACGCAUUCACGUGCAUCUAUUCGCAUCGCUGGCCCUUACGUGCGUCGCCUGGAUGCUGUGGUAUCGCUUUGUGGUGGAGCAGCCCGGUUUGAUUGGCGAAAAUCCGCCAUGGUGCAUUGCGCUGCAUCUGGCGGUGCACUAUUUUAUGUUGGUGAAUUAUUUCUGGAUGUUCUGCGAAGGCCUGCACCUGCAUCUUGUGCUCGUUGUGGUCUUUGUCAAGGACACGAUUGUCAUGCGUUGGUUCAAGCUGCUCAGCUGGCUGUGCCCGCUCCUGUUCGUGGUGCCAUACGGAACGGCUCGAUACUUUAGCGCCAGUGACAAUGCUCACUGCUGGAUCGAUGACAGCCUCCUCCUCUGGAUCUUCUCAGUGCCCAUCACACUCUCGCUUCUGGCAAGCUUCAUCUUUCUCAUUAACGUUCUGCGCGUAAUUGUGCGGAAGCUUCAUCCGCAGUCGGCUCAACCAGCACCAUUGGCUAUUCGCAAGGCAGUGCGCGCAACUAUUAUUUUGGUACCGCUCUUCGGGCUUCAGCAAUUCCUGUUGCCCUAUCGCCCCGAUGCCGGUACACAGCUUGAGCGCUUCUAUCAGCUGCUCUCUGUUGUGCUAGUCAGCCUACAGGGCUCCGUAGUCUCGUUCCUGUUCUGCUUUGCCAACCAUGAUGUGACAUUCGCCAUGCGCACGAUGCUCAACAGGUGGAUCCCCAGUUUGGUGGCACCUCCGCCUCCCGGGAGUAAUACUGGACAAAUGGCAACCACCACUCCCAGUCGCGAGUUGGGCGUUUAAGUUGAUCGGCUCGC